CAUGGUCUGGCCAAUCUCUAGAAAGUCUCAAUUUCAACAAUCGGGCUGGUAUUUAUUUUUUCCGUAAGAAUUUAACCGGUGAAGUAAAACAACUGGAAGUUGAAAUAAAAGUAACAUAAUGACACAUACCUUCAAGCCCUCGCCUGUACAUGGAGCAGGUGCUACUCUUUUUAUGAAUGAACACUGUAGUGAUAUAACUAUCAUUAUUACUGAAGAUUGUACAGUUUGGAGAUUUCCUGCUCACAGCACUGUUCUCGCUGCUCAAAGCAUUGUUUUCCAUCGGAUGCUUGAUAGUGACUUUAUUGAAAAAAAGACUCAAGAAAUUGUUUUGCAGGACGUGACUCCAGGCACACUAAAAAAGUUACUAAGAUAUAUGUACUUGGGUGAUGCCAUUUUGGAAGACUGGAAAGAAGCAAUUGAGUUGUUAAAAGCAGCUCACAAAUAUCAAAUGGAAUCACUUGUUCAAAAAUGUGCUCAGUAUCUUCAAGACCAUAUUGAUCUCACAAAUGUUUGUUACAUUUACAGUAAAGCUGUUACCUAUACUUUGAGUCCUUUAGGUAAUAUUUGUUUAGAAAUUAUCUUGGGGACUGGUUGCAUUGUUUUAAGAAGCCAAGGAUUUGAGUAUUUAAAUAAGGAAUCAGUUAUGGCUGUAAUCUCCAGUUACAGUCUUAAUGUAGAUGGAGAAAUGUGCGUGGUUAAUGCUUUACUACGUUGGGCUGUAAUGGAGUGCUGCCGUCAAAAUAAACCUCUUACUGAGGAAAGUAUUGUAGAAAUAAUGGUACCAUUCCGAAAAUAUCUUUGCACUAGAAGUAUUAACAGUGAUGAAUUACAUACCUUACCUCAAUUUUUGCAUGCUGAAAUCAAUAGCUACCACUCAAGGCAAAGUUUUUGUGUAACAUCUCAUCUUCUUGAUUAUGCCAAAAGAGUGACUUUGCAAUUAAUUGAUUUAGAUUGCUUAGCUGAUAAUGUUACUAAUUUUACUUGUUUCAGAUUUCUUGCUGAUCAUUCUAUGUUUUUAAUUAGUGUUCAUUUAGUAACUGUAACAUCUUUCUUAACUUCAAAUAAUUAUGUAGUUCUUGUAAGUGAAGCUGGGAAUUCAAACACCACCGUGUUUGAAUUGAACCUAGCUGAAGUCACUGAAAUCACUACAAGCCUUCCUGGUGCAAGUUCUAAGCCUAUGUUUGAGACUGAAGUAAUGCUCAAAAAGCCUGUUCUCCUUCAGCCGCAAACUGUCUACAGACUUAGUCUUCGAAGCAACAGUCGCUCAUUGAAACCUAGUCAAUGUCAUAUCCAGUUUCCUAAGACUGGAUUAAUACCUAGCAAGGCAGGAUCUCGUUCUGAUGUAGUACCAUUUACAAUACUUACUGAUUCAAUUUGGGGUGUGACAAAGUUAGUGUAUCUUACUGCACCUGUUCCAGAAAAGGAAAUUUUCAAAUUUCGUUUACAAAAGUAACUUUUUGUUUUCAA